UUUCUCGUGAAAAUUAUGGCACAGUGUUGCUUAACUCCUGCCAAAGUGUUCGCGACGCUAAAAUCUAAAAUACAGAAGGAGGCGGCGUAUGAGAAGAAGAAGAAUGUCGCAUACGAGGAAACGCUGAAACUGAAAAAGUUGGAGAACUUCUGGAAGACCGACGAUAACAAAUUUGGUUUUCAUGUCGGCGAAGCGGAACCUUUGAUAGUGUCACCAAUAGCCAGUCCAGAGAAACGCUCAGAUCGUCCAAUGAUCAUCUCAGAACAAGUUGUGGAGGAACCGAUCGCGAGAACUAAUCAGGAUCCAGAACCUGUCUGUCAGCCUCAAGUGGAACCGAGCAUCGGGGAUCCUGCUGACGUCUUCUCUCCCAUGAAGAACAGACUCAGGAAGAGAAAAUGGGGGCUGCCACAAUUUAAGGAAAAGUUCGCGGAGGAGAUCAACAAUGAUCCCUUUCGUCAUCCCCACGAAAGGAGGACCUCAACCCCUAUCGGAGACACCGAAAACUUCAACCCCGUGCCCGGUGAGAGGGAGGCUGUGGCAGGACACGAAAGUCGCGAUCUCCCACCCGUGUUCAGCCCAAAGAAACGGUGUGUUGUUGCUCUUAAGAGGACUCCUCCUCAGUCUCCAGCCAAGGUGUUUGCUUCUAUGAAGAAAAAGGAGAACCAAAAGGAUCAGCAGCAGAUCUGCAAAAUCAACAGCACAGAAGAACCACAUGAUAGAGACCACCAUAGUCCAUCCCGAGCCAUAAUAGUUUCCAUGAUGUCCACAGAUCAGAAGAUGGAGGGUGUUCCUUUUAGGGAUGCAGGAAUUGUGUUGAGCAGCAACAGGUCCAGAAUGGAGGCAGCUGACGGCAUAUCUGAAAGCGAGCUGUCUAAUGAUGUGCCACUCUCUCCUCAACCAACACAACCAGUUUUGCUGGAAGAUCCACUCGUGCUAAUGUCACCACGGGUUAAUAUCCCCAAAAAGGAAGCAGGGUUCAGUAUGUGGCCUCCAGACAGAAUCUUCCCCAAGGAUAGUAUCAUUUUUCUCAAAAAGUGGUUUCUGGACCACAAUCGUAAUGGCCUGUUUGUUUGCGGAAUCCACAGGGAAAAUAAUAUACCGUGGAACAGCAACACAGUUGUCGAGAGGUAUUCAAGUUCUGAAGUGAGGACGGUCAGUGGCAGGAUUUACAUCUUGCUUGGCAGGAUGAACAGGAAUGUUGACUCUGACUUACCGAAGUGGCUUUUGAAGAAGUUUACUCAUGGCUUUCCUUCAAACUGGAAGAUACUUUAUAACAAGUUUCUGUCAGAAUCUAGAAAGGUAAGUGAGAUGAAGAGCAAUGAGAAAAGGAUCGCAACUCAUAAACCGGAAGCUAAGCUGCAUCUAAAAAGGCUCAAUCAAAAACUCCUGAAGUCAACCUCUCCCUGUGAUUCAUCCUCCUCCUCUGGUUUGAAUGUGUCUCGAAGCGGGCGGAUAAUUAAACCACCUUUAGAGUAUUGGAAAGGAGGUCGUGUCAUUCUUGAUGCUCAAAUGAAUGUCACCAUCCAUGAAUGUUACAAUACCUCCAGCUUGAACCCUGAUGUCAUGACAACAGUUUCCCCAAAAACAUCACAGAAAUCUGCACAGUGCAGCAAAGGCCACAACCAAUGCAGAUCAGUGAGAGGGGAGCCGGAGGUACUGCUGCGAAAGGUUAAACCCCAUCAUCACAAACAUAACCAAACCAAUGCCAACAGUGAUGCGAAGCCCUCCAACCGAACCAAGCAGCUAGAGGAGACACUGACCAAUCACAAAAGCAGCCCUGAAGAAUGGUGCGGUAGAAUAACCAGGUCCAACCACAGGUAUCCACAGAGAGCGAGAACAUUUAAUACGGAGAGCAUCCCUCAGCUGCAAAGUCAGCCUGAACCACGCCGAACUGGUCAAUCAACAAAGCAGAAGCACAACAGCAAAAUGUCAUCAAUGGGCAUUUUGGGAAGCAAACAUUCAGUCCAAACACCAAAAGAUGCUCCUGCUGCUCGAGAUAAAACAUCACAGCAUUUCUCAUCAGUGGAGUUUCCAGUUAAGAGAAGCAAAAGGGGGAAAGGCGGACACAGAAAGACGGCUGGUAAUUUUAUUAAUGAGUCAGUGUCAAGCCAUGAAGUCUCAUCAUUGAAUUCUUCAGAGGGCAUGCAGAGGACACUAAGGAAUAGAACCAGAGUACCAAAAAAUCACCAGGCUGCACAAAACAAAAAGCAACAGAGUGAAGACACCGCACUGUCACUGCCUCCAAAGCCUUUACCAAAUAAGAUGCAGUCUAUGAAGAGCCGCAGUAAGAUAAACAAAGAUAACUCUGACGAAAAGGACAAAGACACGUGGACUGAGGCAGAGCUUAUGAAGCUCCAAGAGGCUGUGAACACCUUCUCAAAGCACAGGCCGGGUUACUGGGAAAAAGUGGCAAAUAUGGUUGGAACCCGAUCUCCUGAAGAGUGCCACAAACAGCAGACAUCUCACGGAAACUUCAAGAGUCCAUUGAAGAGGGCCAAGAAACCAAAAAAGGUGGAAGCAUCAAAAGAUGCAGGUCCAGAUCCUCCUGUGAUAUCUGCCCGAGUGGGAACCCUGAAGAGGAAGCAGGAGCUGCGGAAGUUCCUAGAAGCCAUGCCCACAGAAAACGUGGAUGAUGCCUUCAGCACAGUGUACAUGCAGGAUAAACGGUUUGAGCUCCCCUCCAUGUCAAGUGACGACCAUGACUUUAUAUCUUCGGACCUGGAGCCUGUGACGCCAAAGUCAGCAGGCUUCUUCGAAGUGAAGACUCCUCAGUGUCUACAUAUCACUCCUGGCAUGCUGAGGUCUCCAAACAGAAAGAAUGAUGACAAGUACGUCUACCAGCUUCAAAAGAGGGUGAAAAAAAAUCAGUUCAACGUCCACAAAAAUGCUCCUUCGAGGAGCUUUACGCCAACCCCGUCCAUUAAACAAAAAAUGAGGCAGUGUGCUAACACAGAAAAUGACAGCUUCGUCAUCUGGGAGAUGUUUCCUGACAAGGACCGGUCUGAAAGUGGAGAGGAACAGGAUUGUUACUUUUCAGACAGUGAUUGAAACACUGAGCCUCAUAAAUGAUGACCUAUGUAAUAUGUUAAAAAUAAAAUAAUUUCUUGCCCUGUG